UCCGAUUUCAAAAUACUCAUUCUCAUUCUCUCUCUCUCUCUCUCUCUCUCUCAAUGGAUGCUCCGGCGGUGUACGUUAAGCAGGCGGGGCUUCUAUGGCUCGCGGGCUUCAGAGAGGCUUGUUGUCUUCACAGGGUCUUUUUCUUCUGUAGCCGUUCGCGGGAACUGUUGAAACGUACUGGGCAGUGCUUUCUCUUGAACGGGCUGAUCUUCUUAGGAAGUAUAAUUAUUCUAAAUUCAAUAGUCAUCCCAAUUUUGCUGUGGAUAUUGCCUGAUCAAUGCCAUCAUUUUGGCUCACGAGAUCUAUGUGGCGCUGGGGACAUUUUAAAACUUUACUCCUCCUUGCGGUUUAUCCUUAUUAAGCUUUUCUAUAUAUUUUGGUUUUAUCCACUGUAUGUUUUCAGCUUUGUUCUAAGCAGCAUCUGGUAUAAUGACAUUGCUAAGCUUGCUUUUAGUUCUAUGGGAAUAGAAUCCUCAAGCCAAAGUGAGCUGUCAAACACAACAAAUGUAGCCCAUGUAGACAGGCAAGCUGGCCUGGGGAGGGCCAUAAUUGAAUUUGGCGAGCAGGUCUAUUCAGUCCUUCUGUUGACCUUUUUCUUCAUAGAGGUUUAUGCUGCCGAGUUUAUUCCAUACAUUGGCAAGGCAAUUAAUUUUCUACUUCUUUCCUGGAUGUACGCCUAUUACUGUUUCGAGUACAAAUGGAAUCUCACUGAGCUGGGAUUGGACAAAAGGAUAGAUUUCUUUGAAUCAAACUGGGCCUUUUUUGCAGGCUUUGGAAGUCCAUGUGUUAUGGCAAUUUUCUUUUUCUCCCAACUUGUGAGCUAUGGAGUAAUGGCUACACUCUUUCCCCUGUUUGUUUUGACAGCAGUAGGCACUCAGGCAGAGCAAGUCAUUGAUUCUCAAAGAAAAUCGUGGAAGGGGAGAGGACUGGGAAAACUCCGGUUAUUUAAUGCAGCAGAUACUUUAGCGACGAGGCUGUUGCAUAUUAUCUAUAAAGACAGGCGGGACUAGAAAAAGCUCUUAAGUAGGUGUAUGUUGGGUGAUUAUUACAUUCUCCAAUUAUUUUUCCCUCCUGUCUGGUGGAAGCCCAAAUGAAAAUAUACCAGCACAUCUGCAUCUCCAUACGGAUGGAAUGGCUUGAGGCUUCUUCAUUUCAAAGUAAAAAGCAUCUACAGCUCGCAUUUGUAUAUAUGAAAUGAAACAACUUCCUUUCCACAAUUUUCAGGUAAUUAAGGGCGUUUGAGGGCUUGAUCUUUUAGUUGUUCAGCAUUUUCAUAAAUUAGAUCUUGAAAGGAAAUUAAUAUAUCUACCCCCUCUGAUUUAUAGAUACACUUUUUCUUUCCAACCAUACUGUAAUAACAGUACAAGUGAAGGUAUAUCUAUCAAUCAAUGUGACUGUAAAUUGUUUUUUU